CCGGGGCAGCUAUGGCAGCGCUGCGUUGCCUCUUGCUGCUGCUGUGUGGCGCUGCGCUGGGGCCCGCUGUCCACCUUGACUUCGCUGAGCAUUGCAGCCAGGCGGCCAAGAUCAAGGUCAACCCCCGUGGCAACCUCUGGGCCACAGGUCACUUCAUGGGGACGAAGAGUGUCACAGGCUCCCCACACCUGGAGUCUCUGGAGGAGCCUGCAGUGCCAAUGGUCUUUGGUCCCUCUCUCAGACCCUUGCUGGAGGACAUCAUGGAACUGCUUACCCGUGAGCUCCUGAAAAUCCUUGUGCAAAGACUUUUGGAUGAGAAUCAAGGAAAAUAUGACCUCACUGACCAGGAGACAGGGCUUUUGACAAAGGUGCUGGAGAAGUAUUUUUCAAACUGAAGAAGCACAGCUGUGGAGGAUGAGGUCUGCAGGCUUGGCCAUGCAUGGCAAAUGGAGGAGAGCAUCAUCCUUGUGGGUUACUGUAGCAACAUCACUUUUAUUUUCUGUAAUAUUGUUAAUAGUGAUUGCUUGUAUGAAAAGCAGAGCCUCCCUGUGUAUUUCCUGUAUGUUUUCUGCUUGCUUGAUGUCUGAAGUGCCCCUGUGA